UCAAGUCAAGUCAAGUCAAGUCAAGUCAAGUCAAGUCAAGUCAAGUCAAGCCAGGUACAAUCUGUUUGUACAUUCUAUUCGUCAACCCAUUCAUUGCUGAGACAACUACCCUCAUCUCAUCUCAUCUCACCGUCUUUCUCCUACCUACGAGUCCUUAGGUUCCUUCUGAUCCCCAAACCGGCACCGGCUGUUGUGGCAUACAUUCCGGCACCCCUCGUGCAGCUCAAACAACCCAGCAAACCAACCAAAGCAGACCAAAUCAGAGCGGUAUCCAGGUCCACGAGGUCCCUGCGUCCCAUCACAUCCAUUCAUAUCGGCAUCUCCUCCGGUCCCCUGGCACCAGUGUCACUGCUACCAACCACUUACUCCAUACGACCUAAGUGACCAGCUACCUUACCUCCGCCAAGCCCAAACUCGUCCUGCUCUAUCUCGCUUCCCGACUAUUUGAAGUCAACGUCUCCCAGCUCAUCCCACUCCUCUUUCCUCUCCUUCUUCUUUCUUCUUCUUUCUCCUCCAGCCAAAAGCACUUAGAAGACACAGAAUCUACCCCGAGCGGACAUCUCAGGGAUAAGCAGACUAUCAAUACAAUUAAUUCCAUACAAACUCACUCAGACAAAGAGACACAGAUUCAGACCGCCAAACAAGAAACACUCCGUCAUCAUGGCAUCCCCACCAUCCGACCAAACCGAGCUCCUAAAAGAGGUGCUGGAAGCCGUGAAAGCCCUAACACUCAACCACACCCUUCUCUCCUCCCACGUUGACGCCAUCUCCGGACGCGUCAACGUGCUGGCUGGCAUGAAGGAGGUGCGCGACGUUGCAGAGACACAGAAAGAGACCAGCCCCUCAUCUUCUUCCUCUUCUACAACUGCAGCAGCAGCUUCUACUCCUCCUGUAAAAAAAAGUGAAUUGCUUUCAGCCGUUGACAAUGAUUCCGAUGAUGUUGUACCGCAAUCCCCAUCUCUGCCCGCUACUCAGCUUGAGGGGGCGGGCCCGUCGUCACCGUCGUCUGCUCUGUCGCAUGCGAGGAAGCCGAGUGUUACUUCGAGAAUUAUCCUCACGACUUAUCCCGGUCAAUCCGGUAUCAAUCCACUUCCUAUGGACUGGGGUCACAAGGAUCCUCAAGAGAGAGGUCCUGUUGUGGUUUCGAGAAGUCAAACUACGAUUCGGAGACGUAAUGCUAUUGGAGCUCAUGGUGGAUCCUAUUCUAUCUACUACGCUCUUGCAGUUGCUAGUAAUGAGAUCAAGGUUGACCAUAGACCCGAUUUCACCAACACCGAACCAGCUGCGAAUAUCGGUCCUUUUCCACAAUGGGCUGAUAAGAAGAAGAUCGUCUCGAUGGAUCCCUUAGGUCAUUUGGCCCCAUGGUUAUUCAAGGACAUUAUGCAAAAGGAGAAUGUUGAUAUUAGACCGACGAUCGCUAUCACUAGAGCUCACAUGAAGUUACCCGAAUUGGAGCAAAGUGUGAAGGAGGGUCGUCUGGUUCCAGAUGGCAAAGUCUGCCUUAACGAGUCCGGUGAGCUAGCAGUAACCAAGUUCGCCGUCGAGCCAGUUUGGUAUCUUCCCGGUGUAGCAGAGAGAUUUGGAAUCGACGAAGGAUCACUCAGGCGAUCCCUAUUCGAACAUACCGGUGGAUCAUAUCCCGAGCUGAUCACCAGAGGCGACAUCAAGCUUUUCCUACCUCCAAUCGGUGGUCUUACAGUGUACUGCUUUGGAGAUCCAGCAAAGAUGUCAGACGAGAAAGUUCGCCUUGCUUUACGGGUUCACGAUGAGUGUAACGGUAGUGACGUGUUCGGAUCUGACAUCUGCACGUGCCGUCCCUAUCUCAUCUACGGUAUUGAGGAAGCUGUCAAGGAAGCUCAGAAGGGUGGGAGUGGAGUAGUCAUUUACUUCCGCAAGGAAGGUCGUGCUUUGGGCGAAGUUACAAAGUACCUCGUCUACAAUGCACGAAAACGCGGCGCCGAUCGCGCAUCUGAGUACUUUAAGCGAACCGAAAAUAUCGCCGGUGUGAAGGAUAUGCGUUUCCAAGCCUUGAUGCCGGAUAUCCUGCAUUGGUUGGGCAUUAAGAAGAUUGAUCGCAUGUUGAGUAUGAGCAACAUGAAACACGACGCUAUUGUUGGUCAAGGAAUCCCUAUCCACGAACGUGUCGAACUCCCCGAGUCCUGGAUCCCAGCCGAUUCCAGGGUUGAAAUUGACGCUAAAAUCACUGCCGGCUAUUUCACCACCGGCCACCGCAUGACCGAAGAAGAACUCGCCGCUGUCAAGGGACGCAGUUGGGAAGAUAUCGACCACUAAGCAAGCCACCACCCUGAAUUUCUCACAAAGGUAUCAUAUGCCUGCCCGGCAAACUGAUCGGUCGUGGUUGAUUCACUUGUGGAACUUGGUAGUUGGAUCCCGUACUUGGGACUUGGUCAUAGGCAUUGGUCUUAGGCUCAGGCUGCGAAAAUCGUUCCUGCAUCCGCGCCCAACCUGGUUGAUACCCGCACAUCACACCACAUCACAUUACAACAAACUUUGAUAGGGCGCAGAUAUUUGAUUUGAUUUGAUGGAUAGUUUAGAUCAGUAUAUUGGAUUAGAGUUUUCAUAAUUAACAAAUGAAGAGAAGAAAAAAAAAAAAAUUCAAGAAACUUACUUCUGUGUCCACAUUCUAGUCCUGACCGACAGUAAAUCCACUAUAUUCUAGAAUCUCCAAUAAACAGUACUAAGUAUACCUUACCUUACCUUACCGAAUCGUACCUUACCGAAUCGUAC